CCUUCACUCUCUGCGAGUCUUCGCAUAUUUCACACAGCUCACUCAAGAUCACCUUGUUUGGCAUGGCACUCGCCACGUAUCUGGUUUCUCUGUACGGGCCAGGGAGGCCUGAGGAUACCGCUUGACGAUGCUACGCGCUUACUUCGUGUGCCUGGAAUUGUUCGCUGAAUUGUAGAUACAGCUAGAGCUGUUGCUAAUGACUAUGAUAAGGUUACUCAUCGUAUCUGUACCUUGCCUACACAUAUGACGCAGAUUCUGGACCCCAUCUUCCUAUCUUCCCGUCCCACGACCUAAUGCGACAGCACAAGUGGGGUAUGCAUGUAUAUCUGGAGGCGUAUUGCCUCGCCUUCACACAGCAGUAUUCUCCUAUUUUACAUCCUUAUCACAGAAAGAGACACCUUGUGACACCUCACAAGCUUUAAGACAUGGCUUCCUCUGUUCAAACCGUGCCUGCGCGCCGCGGAGCAGCCACCCUCGUCAAAGCCGGUCAGAAGAUAAAAAUUACAAACACUCAUGGCAACCAAGUCGUCGAUACCUGGGCAAUCGCGCUUCCUUCCUCCGUCCUCACGGCUGCAUCAUCAAAGGUUGAAGCACCCCUCUACCCAAACGCGACUUCCGACUCGCCCUUUAAGUAUUCUACUACUGCCAAUACCGCCGCCAGCGCACCCGAAUACAUGUCCAUGUGCCAUUGCCGGGCAAGUCUGCUGAAAGUGACGCCUGAAGUAGGAGAUGUCAUGGUUAGUCAGAAGAGGGCGCCGAUGGUUAAGAUGGUGGAAGAUACAAGUCCCGGCGUACAUGACACUUUGGUUGCAGCAUGUGAUAGAUGGCGGUACAGUGAGUUGGGCGUCAACGGUUACCACGAAUCUUGUACAGACAACUUCUGGGACGCUUUAGAAGAGCUGACCGCAUCACUGUCUCUAUCGACUGAACAAAAGGAGGCUCUAGAUGGCCUACAAACAAAGAUGGGGUGCAGGGUUCCAGAUCCGUUCAAUUUGUUCAUGAACAUUCCUGUCACACAGGAAGGAGAGGGCGCGAAGAGAGGCAUCAGUUUUGAAGAACCGAAAACGAAGCCCGGAGACUAUGUAGUCUUGGAAGCGCUCAGAGACGUGGUUGUCGUUAUGAGUGCAUGCCCGCAGGACGUUCUUACGAUCAACGGAAAGAAUCCUGUAGAUGCUCAUUACCAGGUUGUGGACUGAAGCAUCGACACCCACAGAAUUGGUUCAUUAAGCUACGGAUGUACUUUGAUGCAAUAUAACAAAGGUCUACCCGAGUUGAUUUCAGAUUCGACUACAACGAGUCUGGACCCGCCGAGUCUAAAAUGAUGAAAACGGGCGAUAUCAUACAUGCUCUUAUGAGAUCAAAUCUAGAUAGUCAAUGCGCCAUUCGCCCUACCAUAAUCUUUCUACUCGUGUCUACAUCCAGCCAUCGCCCCAGG